AUGUCCGCCGAGGUGCGACUGAAGCAGCUGGAGGCGCUGGCGCUGGACCGGAGCUUCCUGGGGCUGGAGACGCUGCUGGACCUGCUGCUCUGCGUCUCCCACGAGCUCGGCGCCUCGCCCCUGGCCCACGAGAAAUACAUCGCGGAGUUCCUGCGCUGGGCCGAGCCGGUGACCGCCCGGCUCAAGCAGCUACAGCUGCAGCGAGACGACUUUGAGAUCCUGAAGGUGAUCGGGCGCGGCGCGUUCAGCGAGGUGGCGGUGGUGAAGAUGAAGAGGACGUCGCAGGUGUACGCCAUGAAGAUCAUGAACAAGUGGGACAUGCUGAAGCGGGGCGAGGUGUCCUGUUUCCGUGAGGAGCGGGACGUGCUGGUGAACGGAGACAAGCGCUGGAUCACCCAGCUGCACUUCGCCUUCCAGGACGAGAACUACCUGUACCUGGUGAUGGAGUACUACGUGGGGGGCGACCUCCUGACGCUGCUGAGCAAAUUCGGGGACCGCAUCCCCCUGGACAUGGCCCGCUUCUACCUGGCCGAGAUGGUGAUGGCCAUCGACUCCAUCCACCGCCUGGGCUACGUGCACAGAGACAUCAAACCCGACAACAUCCUGCUCGACCGUUGUGGGCACAUCCGCCUGGGGGACUUCGGCUCCUGCCUCAAGCUCCGGGAGGACGGCACGAUCUGCUCGUCGGUGGCAGUGGGGACCCCCGAUUACCUGUCCCCCGAGAUCUUGCAGGCCGUGGAGGACGGGAGCCACUCGUACGGCACCGAGUGCGACUGGUGGUCCCUGGGCGUCUUCGCCUAUGAGAUGUUCUUCGGGCACACGCCCUUCUUCGCCGACUCCAUUGUUGAGACCUACGGCAAGAUCAUCCACUUUAAGGAGCACUUUCGCUUCCCGCUCUCGGCGCCGGAGGUGCCAGACGACGCCCGGGCCCUGAUCCAAGGGCUGCUCUGUCCCCGGGAGACGCGGCUGGGCCGGAACGGGGUGCGGGACUUCCGGGAGCACCCCUUCUUCGCCGGCGUGGACUGGGAGGGGCUGCGGGCGUUCACCCCACCCUUUGCCCCCGAGUUCGCCAACGCUACCGACACCUCCAACUUCGACGUGGUGGACGACUGCCUGACGGACAUGGUGAGCGGGGGCGGGGAGACGCUGUCGGACAUGCUGGAGAGCUCCCCGCUGGGCGUGCACCUGCCCUUCGUGGGCUUCUCCUACACCAGCACCAGCCUCAAACAGAAUGAGCCGGGGGACAGGGGCCGGGAAAUCGCCAUGGAGCUGGAGUGCGACCGGGGCCCCCCCCUGCAGGAGCAGCCCCCCAACCUGCCCCCCGGAGACCUGGUCUGCAAGGCGCCCGACGGGCAGAAGCUGGAUCUCGCCGCCUUCCUGGAGCUGCAGGCGGCCUUCGAGUCGGAGCUGCACACGCGGGAGGGGCUGCGCCAGGAGCUGAGCAUGGUCAAGGUGGCCAACCAGACCUUCGCCAGCCGCCUGCAGGAGGCCGAGAGCCGCAACCUGGAACUGGAAGCUCAGAUCAAGCGAUUGGAGGCGCAAAUCGAGGGGAUGAAACCGCCCGGGGAGGAAGCUGCUGUGGGGCGCCCCCCCGGCUGUGCUGCCCCCUGGCCAUGCCGCACGGAGCACCCCGCUGAUGCGGCACCAUGGCACCGCGACGCUGUGAAUACCCGCUUGUGGUACCUCUGUACCGCCACUUGCUGCUCUUUUCUAGGGUACCUAGGCCCUGCAUCACCAAGGCGGGAUACCUGCUCCUUUGUACCGGCGGCUUUGGGCUGGCGGCGCCCGGCCAGGACCCGGGGGAGCCGUCCUGAGCGAGGCCGGGUGCUCGCCCCGCUGCCCCCGCCCGCCAUCCCCGUCACCCCCCGGCCAUCACCGCGGGAGUGCCCGUCAGCCCUCCUUCCUGGGAGGUCUCACACCAGAGCUGGGGAUGCCUGGGUGCCAGCACCCCAGGCCCACGGGCCCCUUCCCACCCGGAGCCAGGCUGUGUGGCUAGGUCCCCGCCUGCCAUCAGGGGACCAUCUCUCCAGUCCCCUGGGCCUGCCCUGGCCCUGGGCUGCUGGCUGGGUGCGUCUGCUCCUGCCUGCCAGCCCUCUGGCCUCCCUACUGCGGACCCCGGCCAGCCCCCUCUGCGUGAGGCAGGCUGCCCCUGCCCUGCCCAGCUCCAGCGCCACUCCCUCCCACGGAGCCACCCCACGGCCCCAUUCGUCAGCUGGGGAAACUGAGGCAGAGCGAGAGGAAGAGAGUCACCUAAGGACGCACAGCGAGUCAGGGGCAGAACUGACAAACGAACCCAGGAGUCCUGGCUCCCAGCCCCUGCUUCUUUAA